UCGAACUCGGAACUUCAAUGACGGAAGUUGUGGAGUGGUACACGAACGCGAACGCCGCCUUGCUGACACACCUGACUAAAGAGAUUAAAGAUACUGAUAGCAGUACAAUAUGGAGAUAUCUCGUUGGAUUCAAAAAUCUUCUACGCAGUAUUGAGUGCAAAGGAAUUGCAUCUGUUCUAGGCAUCAAUUAUUUUGCCCGCGGCUAUCUCCAACCAAGAGCUCAUAUAAGGUACAUAAGCCAUAUGGUACUGGGUCGAGAUCUUCUGGACAAUACUCUAAACCUGGUACCAUCACUGAUACCACUGCACAUGGACAUCAAGGAAGAUAGUCCAGAAUACCAAGUUCUGGAAAAAAAGAAUCAGCAAAUAGUAGAUAACAGGCCACAAGGAGGCAGCGUGAUCGAGGCGAUAGAAUAUUUCGACCAGACCGCAACACUACUAGGGAAGCUGAGAGCCGUCCAGAAACAGCUGCGAGAAUAUAUCAGAGAGGGUGUAACAGAAAGCCUUCGAGAGGCACGAAGGAGUGAGGCGGUUUGCGCUGGCAUCCUGGUUCUAGUCUGCGUGAUAUCACCCAUCAUCAUUGCUUUGGUGCGAAAUGCGGUCAACACUAUUCAGGUAUACGCUCGUAAUCUAUCAGAAAAGGCGAGAGAGCUGGAGUACGAGAAGGAGUUGAGUGAUUCGUUGCUCUACCAAAUGUUACCGGCGAGCGUUGCCAAGCAAUUGAAACAAACUCAACAGGUACCGGCGGAGUUCUUUGCAUCUGUGACAGUAUAUUUUAGUGACAUCGUUGGGUUUACCGCCAUCGCGGCCGUUUCUACGCCAUACCAGGUGAUUAGCUUCUUGAACUCCGUGUACAAGUUGUUUGAUGAAAGAAUUGAAUGCUAUGACGUCUACAAGAUUGAAACUAUUGGUGACUCGUACAUGGUGGCUUCGGGAUUGCCUGUGAGAAAUGGUAACAAGCAUGCGACAGAAAUUGCUAGUAUGGCACUAGAAUUACUGGAAGCUACGUCAAUGUGCCGAUUGCCGCACCGCCCCGAUCAGACACUCUGUAUGCGAAGUGGUAUCCAUACCGGUCCAUGCGUUGCUGGCAUCGUUGGGACGAAGAUGCCGCGCUACUGCCUUUUCGGGGACACCAUCAAUACUGCCAGCAGGAUGGAGAGCACGGGAGAACCAAUGAGGAUUCAAAUAUCAGAAGACGUAAAGCGAGCUCUAGACAAGACCGGACUCUUCAUUACGGUGCCACGAGGAGUAGUUGAUGUUAAGGGGAAAGGCGAAAUGACGACUUAUUGGUUAGAAGGUCGGAACGGACCAUCGCCAGUGAGGCCAACAGCCUCCCUGAACUGCACACCCAGUUUCCUCUCCAGGAUUCACUCCAAGGGCCGAAAUUCUCCAAGAUACCAGCCCGAUAUGAAAAAUCACUAA